CACAACUCGAUAUCAAAUCCCACCUCACGACGUCGCCCGCCGGGCUCCAAAUAGGGAUCCGGUACCUCAAUCAAGACAUGUGUAGGGUCCAGUACGAUGGACAUUCCGCUCAAUGGGGAGGGUGAUGACCGAGUCGGUUCCGCCCGCAACAACUCGACGGGCGGGACCAUCAGCAAGCUGCAGCUGAGCGACUCUGACUCGUCGUCGUUGAUGUCCCUCGUCAGCACUCUUAUACCUGUGCUCAUCUAUACCGCCGUCUGCCUGCUCAUCUUCUGGGCUCUGCGUCGCAGGAGUCUGCGAGUCUACUCGCCUCGCACGAUUCUCGGGAACUUUUUCUCUCAUGAACAGAGCACACCGCUGCCGGUGGGGUGGUUGGAUUGGGUGAAGCCAUUCUGGGCCAUUCCGGACACCGAGAUCCUCAACCGCUCUUCCUUGGACGCCUUUCUGUUUCUCCGCUACCUGAAGGUUCUCGUCCUGAUAUGCCUCGUCGGCUGCUGUAUCACGUGGCCGACGUUGAUGGUAAUCCACGCCAAUGGCUCCGGUGGACUGUCGCAGCUGGACCGCAUCACCAUUGGCAAUGUCGAAGACCCGCACAUUUUCUUCAUCCACGCCUUCGUCGCCUGGGUCUUCUUUGGAUUCAUCCUCUUCACAAUCUACCGUGAAUGCAUUUACUACAUUAAUCUUCGACAUGCCUAUCUCUUGUCACCUUACUACUCUAAGCGUCUCUCAUCUCGGACAGUCAUGUUCAGUUGCGUCCCACCAAAGUACCAGGAUGCCGCUCGCCUUCGGAAACUCUUCGGCGACACCGUCAAGAACGUUUGGAUCCCCCGCGAUACGAGCGACUUGGAGAGGCUCGUCAAGGAGCGAGACGAGACCGCAUUGCGGCUGGAGAAGGCUGAGAUCCGCCUGAUCAAGAUGGCGAACAGACGGCGGAACAAACAGCUGAAGGCGGCUGCUGAGGCGGAACCGGAAACCGUUCCGAGUCCGCGCUCGAGUGCUGGUGGUUCCGAGCGCUCAGAGGACCCCGAGAAGGGGCACCCCUUGCAGGAGAGCAUCGUUCUUCCGGACGUCAACGGCUCCGUGGCCGCACAAUGGAUCGGUGCCAGCGAGCGCCCUUACCACCGGCCCCUCGCCAACUUCUUCCGUCGAGUUGACACAAUCAAGUGGACCCGCAACCGGAUCAAAGCUUUGACACAUCAGAUUAACAAGCUGCGCCGUGGCUUCCUCAAAGGCGAGGGUCGUCGACUGCCCACCGCGUUCGUCGAGUUCUCUUCCCAGGCCGAUGCCGAGCGCGCAUAUCAGACUCUGGCCCACAACCGACCGCUGCAUAUGUCGCCGCGUUACAUCGGUAUCCGUCCAGACGAGAUCGUGUGGAGCUCUGUUCGAAUGCGCUGGCUGGAGCGGAUCGUCAGAAGCUUCAUGAUGCACGCCCUCAUAACCGCCGCCAUUGUCUUUUGGUCUCUGCCCUCGGCGCUCGUUGGUGUCGUUUCAAACAUCAAGUUUCUGGCCAAGCUACUACCUUUCCUGGCCUGGAUUACUGAGCUCCCGGACGCCGUCACUGGUAUUAUAAGUGGUCUUCUCCCUGCCUUAGCCUUGUCUUUCUUGAUGGCCAUCGUGCCUUGGCUUCUGCGAGGUUGUGCCAGGCUUGCCGGAGUACCGUCUUUGUCCAUGAUCGAGCUCUUCGUUCAACACGCCUACUUUGCCUUUCAGGUCGUCCAGGUCUUCCUCGUCACGACCCUGACCUCGGCGGCUUCGGCGGCCCUCACCCGGGUUCUUAAAGACCCCCUCUCGGCCAAAGAUCUUUUGGCCGAUAAUCUCCCCAAGUCAUCCAACUUCUAUAUCUCGUACAUACUCAUCCAGUGUCUGGCCGUCGGUGCCGCGUCCCUCCUCAGGGCGUUCGACAUCUUUCGCCAUCAUGUUAUGGCCAAAGCCUUUGAUAACCCCCGCGGCCUGUAUAAAAUCUGGUAUAGGGAACGUCCAAUGCACUGGGGAGCAAUCUUCCCCGUCUUCACCAACAUGGGCGUCAUCGCCAUCAGCUACUGCUGUAUUGCCCCGGUUGUUCUCGGCUUCGCCACCGUCGGCCUUUAUCUGAUUUACCUCGUUUACAAGUACAACCUCCUUUACGUUAACGACUCCUCCAUCGACACCCGCGGCCUCGUCUAUCCGCGCGCCCUGAUGCACCUCCUCGUCGGUGUCUACCUCGCAACUGUUUGUCUCAUCGGCCUGUUCGCCUUGCGCUCAGCGUUCCUUCCCAUGGUUUUCAUGAUCGGUUUCCUCGUCUUCACGGCCCUCGUCCACGUCUCUAUCAGAGAGGCCGUCUCUCCGCUGCUCUACAACAUCCCGCGCGCCUUGGCUAUGGAGAUGGAAGAGCUUGACGGCGGGCCGAUGGUGGACUAUCCCCAGGACGACUUCCUCACCGAUGCCGAUAUAACGGCCUCGUACCCGGAAUUCUUCGACCCCGUUGACGAAGACGAAGGCCCGGCGCAUCAAGUCAACGGGAGCCGAGGCGUGGAGGGUGCAAGUGGUCUGAUGGCCUCGGUCAACGACUGGUCCACCAACGCUCUUGCCAAGAAGCUUCAGACAACGGCCGAAAAUUGGGGGUUGGCUCGUCCGAUCAGCUAUGUCUCGUAUUGGAUGCACCCGGAUCCGUCUAUCAAGCCCGGCUUCAUCCUCCGGUGGCUUCACCCGGGCACGUUUGACGACUUCUCGACCCUUCGCCGUAUGAUCCCUGGGGAUCUCCCGGACCCCACGGAGACAUACCCUCCCGACUAUGCCCGCCGCGCCUACUGGCCGCCCGAGAUGGCAUCCCCUGCCCCGAUCAUAUGGAUCCCCAGGGACCCGGCCGGCGUGAGCGCGCAGGAGGUGGAGCACUGUCGCAAGGUCGUCGGGUGCUCGGACGAGGGCGCCGAGCUCAACGACAAGUGCCGCAUUGAAGUCGAGGUUGACAAAGCACCAUUUUGGGUGCCCCGUACUCUGUAUUAGAUGUUAUGUAGCGAGGCGUGCGGCGUUUAUGUUGGGUAUAUAUAUACAUAUAGAAUGGCCAAGUAAUGCGAUCAACGAGGUCGAGCGGUCCAGUCACCUUAGGAAGCUUUCCAAAUGUUUGAGCAACUCAUUGAGGCCUUGACCCGUU